GAGUACCGUUAUCCAGAUUGUUGUCCUUUUUUCACGUGCCUCUCUCGAACACAAAAGAAAAGUUUUUCCGCGUCUGUUUCGGAUUUUCUUGUGCAAUGUGAUCUAUUUUCAUCAUACAACGUAGCAAAUGGUUCCAACGCGCUUCGCUCCGCGCACGGGUCUGCCCGCCCCGACCGGCUUCGGCAACCAACGCCGCUCACAUCCUCCUCCGACGAACGGCGCACCGUCGUGGUCCUCCUCCAAUGGAUUCCCGUUCAAAAUGCCCGGCGUCCCACAGCGGGCCCGUCCACCCGGUCUUCCACGGGGAACCGGGCCAUCCACGGGCUGGCGACAGGCUGCUCCGCGGGGACCGCCCCCACCACGGCCGCAGAUUGCUCCGGUUGUCGGUACUGCGACGGCUGCGGCUAGAAACGUUGGGAACACAACGCGGGAUAAUCUGAUGAGUAUGGACGAUACGCUGCUGAACGCGGUGGAUUUGGCCGGAAUUGAGCGGAUGGCAACGCAGCAGGACAAGCAGCAGCCCGUUGUGUUCAAGAAGCCGGAACAGACCCGGGCUGGUUUUAUGUUGCAAGCUGCCCGCUUGCGUCCACUGUCCCCGGCCGCCAAGUCUCCGUCACCGAAGAAGGCUCGCUCCUCCGGUCCAAGCCGGUACAUCGUGCUGGACAUUUCGCAGAAGGACUCCCCUGACGGAGCGAAGUCCGUGCAGGAUGGUUGGCUCAAUCGGAAGGAAUCGCCGCCCGGGAAACUCUCCGCGACCAUCCCGAACUCGCGAAAGUCCCUGUUUGAGUCGCGGAUCUCCACGCCAAAGCGCAAGAGCUCGAACGAGGUUGUGGCGUCGUCGAGCAAGCCGAAGAUCCCGAAGGAACCGACCGUGGAUAUGUUCCAGCUGGACUCGCAAGCCUUCGACGACUGGGAAAGCGAGCAGAUGGAAUCGGUUUUGCCGAAGGCGAAGCCUUCGGAGGCGGUCGUUCAGCAGGUCGAUGACGACGAUGAUUACUUCCCGAGCUACCAGGAGGCCGUCGAUCCAAACUGCAGCCAGUUGUUCCUGGAGGAAGUCGAUCGCAACGGGAAGAAGCCUCUGACGCAGGUCGGAACGCCGUUGCGUUCCCCCGAGGUGCACUCGAUCGUGAAGAACAGCGCAACCUGCUCGCAGUACAUCCGGCUCGAGCGAUCCAUGAUGGAGGAGAACAACGCGAACCUGCUGGACGACGUUGUGGACAGUCAGCUGGCGCGGGAGUUCGAUUCGUCCCAGCAGCGCCAGCAGAUCAUGGGCGUGUUCAACGAGUUUGAACGCACCCUGCUGGACACGAGCAACGUCGAGUUCAACGACCCGCUGCCGCCGGAGGUUGAUGCGGACCUGGCCGAAAUCAACUGGGAGGAGGAUGUGACGAUCGCGGCCGAGAAACCGUCGAACCGGUCCCGGUUGGCGCACAUUUUCGGCAAGCAGGCGAGCGUGGGUUCGCCGAAGCUGGUGGCUCGCAAGUCGGCGCCGCUGGUGUCGUCCCACUUUAAGGACAUGGGUCCGUACUUCGGGCUGCCGACGCAGGUCAAGCGCCUGAUUGCGAAGUAUCGCGGGAUUGAGGAGUUGUACGAGUAACUUUCCCCAGGGAAGCCGGACCAGUCCAGGUUGCGGCCAAUCCUUUUUUUCAAUAAUUAGGGGAAAUAUACCCAUUGUAAUCACUUUAAGCCGAUCGACCAAUUCUCAUCACUUUUGCCGUUUUCCGCUAUUAAAUCAACAUUUUCAGAUGUAUCAUCAAGGGAGAGUUGCUUGUUCACUUUUAUUUGAACUAUUUAUUACUUAAGAACAGUCAAAAACACUUUAUGAAAGCUGUAAUUCAUGAUCUAGGUGCUGAUAGGCCGAUAAUAUAAAUAGGCUGAGAAAGGUAUAGUUCCCCUACCCAGUAUACACACAAAAAAUAUAUCCGAAUGUUACAUCAUUUAUGAUGUAACACUUUUGCACGUCAUCAAACAUUUAAAUUUAAAUGCAAUUUAAUGUAAAUUUGCAACAAAUUAUACGUAAAAACAUGAGUUUACGUGUGAUUCAAACGUAUACGUCGAAUCUCAAGUUUACAUCAACUGAGUUUACAUGUGAUUCAUUUUUUCCGUGUCGAGUAAGUUCACAUAUUUUUUUCUGUGUGUGCAUGGUGGAGAUCCUCUAUGGUUUUUUUUAAGAAGGAAAAAAUCAAUUAUUAGUAGCAGCAGUAUCAGACAGUUUUGUCUUCCUCACUUUACUGAGGAAAGGCUAUUAAGUCACUCGUAAAAUGAUGUUAUUAUGUCGAUCUCCUAGACCUAGGCCCACCUUAACGCAUACUAUUUUUUUUUUU